UUAGUUAAACUAUAAACAUGAAGAAAGUGAAGCUUAAAGAACUGGAAAGCUGUCUUCAGCAGGUUGAUACUUUCGAAAGCCCAAAGGUACUCCUCGAGCAGUAUCCAACAAGCCCUCACAUCGCAGCAUGUAUGCUUUAUACAAUUCACAAUACUUUUGAUGAUAUUGAAAACAAAACAAUUGCAGAUUUAGGAUGUGGUUGUGGCAUGCUCAGCAUUGGAAGUGCAAUGUUAGGAGCAGGAUUGUGUGUGGGGUUUGACAUAGAUGCAGAUGCACUGGAAAUAUUUAACAGCAAUAUUGAAGACUUUGAUCUCACGAAUGUCAACAUGGUUCAGUGUGAUGUCUGUUCUUUAUCUGACAGCAUGUCAAAGACUUUUGACACAGUUAUUAUGAACCCUCCUUUUGGUACCAAGCAUAAUAAAGGAAUAGAUAUGAUUUUUCUGAAAACUGCUUUACAAAUGGCAGAAACAGCUGUAUAUUCCCUUCACAAAACUUCAACACGGCAGCACAUUCAAAAGAAAGCAGAUGAAUGGGAAGUGAAGAUGGAAGUCAUAGCAGAACUUAGAUAUGACCUACCAGCGUCAUACAAGUUCCAUAAGAAGAAAUCAGUUGACAUUGAAGUGGAUUUCAUUAGAUUUUCUGCCAAGCAACUCCUGAACUGAGGCAUGUCUUUAAAAUCUAUUGAAAAUGGAACAAUAAAAACAAUGAUAUUUUUUUAAAUU